AUGGCGGAGGAAGUGGGGAUCUUGGUGUGGAACCCAGCCGAGGACGUGGAGUCCCUGGCAAGCAUCCUUCAGUCCCUGGUGCAAGUGAUCAUGGGAGAGGUGGCCCACAAGGAUGCCCGCCUUCUGGCUGGCACAGCCCUGGGCAUGCUGGUGAACACCGCCCCCACCCCGGAGGUCGGGGCCCGGGCUCUCUUUGAGCUGCUGGACAUGCUCUACCCAGAUGGCGGGGAGGAGACGCUGGGGUGGCUCCAGGUGACGCUGCCCCCCAUGAACCCCGACGGGCUGGAGGACCUGGUGCUGAGCAGAGGCCUUCUCACUGCCUGCAGGAGGGACAUCCUGACCUUCAAGGCUCCUGGUUGGAUGGCCUGCCCACUGCUCAGUAACCUGAUGCCCUGCAUCGACUCCGACUGGAACGGGAAGAACGUGGACCAUCGUGCCUUCCUCCUCCAGGUUUUCUCCCUGUGGCUGCAGCGGGUACAAGAAAGUGCCCCGAGCAUCUGGAUUGGCCGACUGCUGAGCAGCGAUUCACUGAGGAUCCAGAUGCUGACCUACUUCAUCUGGAGCAACACAGAGAGCCCGGUAGGGAGCUCUCACCUUGCCACCUUCGGCUUCCUGGGCUCAGAGGGCCGGGCCGGGCAGUAUCCUCCUUACGUCUGUGAACAGCGACUGAGCCCUUUGUCUGGAGAAGGCCGACGGACCUUGGGCCACCCAGGAGGUGGCUCCGGGAAGAUGGGGCCGAAGAUCUUUGUAGACACUCCUUGGCGUGCUGCCAAGACCUGAUAUCUUGGGGUGGGCCCCCAGGACCUGGGUUCAGAUGUUAGCCCUCUAAGAUUAUGGUGGUCACUCCUCCAUCUGGGGUCAAUCCCUGUGUCUGUAAAAUGAGACCGGGGGAAGGUGAUGAGAGGGGUCUCCAAAGACCCUCGUGGGAUCAGGAGAUAAAG